AUGGAAAGGCCUCUCUUGUACCCAGGCAAUCCGGAAUGGGUUACUUCUAUUGAGUGUAUCAACUCUACUGGAUGGGCACUUCCUCCAUGUAUUAUCUUCAAAGGAAAAGUCCAUAUUGAGGGCUGGUAUCAAGAUUCAAAGAUAUCGCGUGAUUGGAGAAUUGAAGUUAGUCCUAAUGGAUGGACUACUGAUAAGAUAGGCCUUCGCUGGCUUAAGAAUCUCUUUAUUCCUGCUACUAUUAGCCGUACGACUGGGAAAUACUGUCUACUUAUUCUUGAUGGCCAUGGCAGCCAUCUCACACCUCAUUUUGAUCAGAUAUGCAGUGAGAAAGAUAUUAUUCCUAUCUGUAUGCCUGCUCAUUCUUCUCAUAAACUGCAGCCUUUAGAUAUGGGCUGUUUUAAGUCUCUGAAAGAUGCUCAUGGAUACUUAAUAGCAGAGAAUAUACGGGCAGGCCUUAAUCAUUAUGUCAAGCUUGGCUUUCUUAAGGCCUUUCCCCAAGCUCACGCGAUUGCUUUUAAUGCGAAAACUGUUCAGAUUAGCUUUGCAGGUGCUGGUCUAAUUCCAUUAGAUCCAGAUAGGAUACUUAGUGAGUUGAAUAUUCACUAAAGACCCCUACACCACCAGGCACUGGAAAAGCAAGCAUCUACUGUGAAAAAGCUCCUUCGAGCACGUACGCAGAGCCCACCAUCUUCACUAGAAGUGCGAUUAGACAAGAUUAUUAA